CUGCAUAUACCGUGAUGAGCUGCUUACAAAACGUGUCAAAGGAGGAGCGAUUUGAUCAAGGAUUUGAUUCACGGUCAUAGAAUACUAGAUUUGAUUGCUCGAAAUUUCCUGGGUUUGAGAAGGAAAUAAUCUCAGAUAAUCUACUAUACUAUUUCUAAUCGCAUCAUCGCAUCUAUGAAGCGGCUGGAUUCACAUUUUGUUUUCAUACGAACAUAAGUCUCAUAUUCAAGUUUUGGUACCUAUCUACCAGUACUUUGACUUUGACUUGCUAUAAUAUCAAUAUUGAUAUCUUUCUCACCUCACUAAUUUCACUUAAUUCAUUUGUCUCACUGAUAACCUAACUAAAAGAGGAAAUGACGAAAUCUGCAUUAUUUGUUUGUCUGGGAAACAUCUGCCGGUCGCCGAUCGCUGAGGCGGUGUUUGCGCAGGCGCUGCAGGAGCGGGGAGUCCGUGACCAGUGGCGCGUGGACAGCGCCGCUCUGGGCGACUGGCACGUGGGACGAGCCCCCGACCGUCGCGCGCAGGCCACCAUGAAGAAACACAAUGUGCCCAUGAACUGCAAAGCCAGGGUGGUUAGAACCUCGGACUUCAGGGAGUUUGAUUAUAUUUUCGGAAUGGAUGAGAGUAACAUCUCAGAGCUGAAGGAUCUAGCGCCGUCCAACUCGACAGCUCAAAUUGAGCUGCUAGGCAAAUACGACCCAGAAGGCGCGCUUAUCAUCAGGGAUCCAUACUACGAUGACGGCGACCAGGGUUUCGAGACCUGCUACCAGCAGUGUCUCCGCUGCUGUGGCGCCUUCCUCGACUCGAUCAACGUCAAGUGAUCGCGUCUCAGGACUUCUGUGUGUCGUGCUUUGGCGGGAGCCUCCUUUCGGAUGCUAGUGCGACCGGCGGCAGGUCGCCGACCUGCGCUUAUACAUUUGUUCUUGAAAGGCGCUGUGCUUACAUUGGUGAUUUGGUAAUAUAAGUGUACUUUAAUUUAU